CGCAACAGAGACUGGUGAGGGGGGAGAAGCAGGAGCUGACGACUUUUUGGAGACUAAAAUAAUCUACACACUAAUCCUUAUUCUCAGCCAAAAAUGAAGCUCUUAUUUCUCGCAGUGCUUUUUGUCUAUUCCAUAGCUCCGGGUGCCGGCCUGCGAUGCUUCCAGUGUGGUAUGAGUUCUGCAAUAUGUCACUCCAAGGCUACCUGUGGUCCUAAUGAGUCGUGUUUCACCAGGACCCUACCUACAAGUCCCAAAAAAUUAUUCACCUCUGGCUGCACCGAGAAGAAUAUGUGUGGGAAGCACGUGACCGAAGUCUAUCUCCAUGAUUCCUAUCCCACCACCACUCAGUGUUGCAAUGGGGAUUUGUGCAACGGGGCCUUGGCAGUCCAAGCCUCCGUGCUUGCCAUUCCCAUCAUGGUUCUUGCCUGGUUUCUGGCCUUCUAGUCGGGACCAGACCCAAAUUCCCCCCCCCCCCCCCUCGA